AUGAAAAAUUUAAUUGUUAUCUGCUUAUUUACGAUAAUUGCCAAAGAUGCGCAGAGUUUGCUGCUUAACCAAAUGGAUUGGAAAAAUCUGCUAAAUAGCGGCGCAUUGGAUUUGAAUGUGUUGCGUUGUUUUCUGCGCGAUAAAAACUUUUGUCCCAGUCCCUACAUUGAGCAUCGUCUCUAUGCACCCCAUGGCCCACGCACUGGUCUGCCUCUUAAAAUAAACAAUCCAUUGACUCUAUAUCAAGGCGGCUUUAGCAAGCAGCGCGAAACGGUUUUCAUAGUGCAUGGCUUCAAUGGCACUGCCAUAGACAAGCAUCUACAGUAUCUAAGGGAUGCUUAUUUGUCGCGUGAUUUUAAUGUCAUAACUGUGGACUGGCGACCACUAACGCGUUAUCCUUGCUAUCUACACUCGCUGAUCAACACACGUUUGACUGCACAGUGCACUGCCCAAAUAUAUUCGUUUCUUACGCACUAUGGAGCAACGCGUGAAAAAAUUACCUGUGUUGGUCACUCGCUGGGCGCGCACAUCUGCGGCAUGAUUAGCAAUCACUUGACCAAGAAGCAGUAUCGCAUUAUAGGCCUGGAUCCAGCACGUCCGCUUAUUGAGCGCAAGAAGAGCAAUCGCUUUCGACUUUCACAAGAUGAUGCCAGCGUCAUACAAGUGCUGCAUACCAAUGCUGGCUAUUUGGGCCAGGAGGACAACACAGGGCAUUUAAAUUAUUGUGUAAACGGUGGACGAGUGCAACCUUUCUGUAAAGGAAAUCCUAUUAGACGUUAUCGCUGCUCUCAUUUUCUUAGCAUUUGCUAUCUGGCCACGGCCACAAUGAAGCGCACCAGUUUUAUGGGUGUGCCUUGUCCAAAUGGUUGUGUUAAUGUGUCAGGUCCAAAGCGUUUGCCCAUCAACGUCAAAAUGAAGCCAUUUGAGUUUGUCUCACUUUUGCGGGAGUAUAAAAUAGGCAACGACGCGCCUGAUGACGCUCGUGGCUGCAUUUGCAUAGAUGUGCCGUAUGCGAAGCAUUGUCCUUUCACCGACUCUUAGUUGUUUAAAUAUACUUAGUACUGUA